CAGGAGCUCACAGUGUCCUUUUCUUCCUGCUCCUCCAUCAGCAUCAGCAUCUUUCUUUUGUGCAGAACACGCUGUCUUUGGGUUUACGAGGUUUGCAGGACGCAUUGGAGCGGGCACAAGCCCCAUCACGUACCGCUUGUGGAUUCCCCCCCCCCCCUUCGACCAGGCUUGAGCGUGCUCUUUGCUCCUCCAUCACCAAGAGUUGGUUUCACCACGCAGCUAGAAAAAAUGUGGCCGGGCAUAGCGGCAGCACUUUUGUUGUGCUUGUGUGGAGAUUCAAUGGCUGGAUUUCCGAACCAAAUCAACAUCGGUGGACUUUUUAUGCGCUCCACAGUGCAGGAGCACAGCGCCUUCAGGUUUGCAGUGCAGCUGUACAACACGAACCAGAAUGCCACGGAGAAACCUUUCCACCUCAACUAUAACGUCGACAACCUGGAGUCGUCCAACAGCUUCUCCGUCACACACGCCUUCUGCUCUCAGUUCUCCCGAGGGGUCUACGCUAUCUUCGGCUUCUACGACAGGAAGUCCAUGAACACUCUGACCUCCUUCUGCGGGGCGCUGCACACCUCCUUCAUCACACCCAGCUUCCCCAUCGACGCCGACGCGCAGUUUGUUAUCCAGAUGAGGCCCGGCUUGCGAGGAGCCGUUCUUAGUCUGCUGGACCAUUACAAGUGGGAGAAGUUUGUCUACCUUUACGACACCGAUAGAGGUUUUGCCAUCCUCCAGGCCAUCAUGGAGUCGGCUGUAGCUAACAACUGGCAGGUGACGGCUCGCUCGGUGGGGAACAUCGUGGACCCCACCGAGUAUCGGCGCAUCAUUGAGGAGAUGGACCGCCGGCAGGAGAAACGUUUCCUCGUCGACUGCGAGGUGAACCGGAUCAACUCCAUUCUUGAGCAGGUGGUGAUUGCGGGCAAAAACACCCGAGGAUACCACUAUAUACUCGCCAACCUGGGUUUUUCCAACAUGAGCUUGGAGAGGGUCUUUUCUGGUGGAGCCAACAUCACAGGCUUCCAGAUCAUCAACCCGGAAAGCGUCAUUGUGCAGCAGUUCCUCCAACGCUGGGAGCGUCUUGAUGAACGAGAAUUCCCAGAAGCUAAAAACACUCCACUGAAGUACACAUCGGCACUGACCCACGACGCCAUUCUUAUCAUCUCGGAGGCCUUCCGCUACCUUCGCCGCCAGCGUGUGGACGUGUCCCGUAGGGGAAGCGCGGGCGACUGCCUCGCUAAUCCUGCCGUGCCUUGGAGUCAAGGCAUUGACAUAGAGCGAGCUCUGAAAAUGGUCCAAGUUCAAGGCAUGACCGGAAACAUCCAGUUUGACACAUUCGGGCGACGAGCUAACUACACAAUCGAUGUGUACGAAAUGAAGACAGGAGGCCCGAGGAAGAUCGGCUACUGGAACGAAUAUGAAAAAUUUGUAUUUAUAAUGGAUCAGCAGGUCACCAACGAGUCGUCUUCUGUGGAAAACCGAACAAUUGUGGUCACUACUAUUAUGGAAGCGCCAUAUGUGAUGUACAAGAAAAACUAUAUGCAGCUGGACGGGAAUGACCGAUAUGAAGGCUACUGUGUCGAUUUAGCGACUGAAAUUGCAAAGCACGUGGGGAUCAGAUAUAAGCUGUCGGUAGUUCCGGAUGGGAAAUACGGAGCCAGAGAUCCAGAGACCAAGACGUGGAACGGGAUGGUGGGUGAACUGGUUUAUGGGAGAGCUGACAUAGCAGUGGCUCCUCUCACUAUAACGUUGGUACGAGAAGAAGUGAUAGACUUCUCCAAGCCCUUUAUGAGCUUGGGCAUCUCCAUUAUGAUAAAGAAGCCUCAAAAGUCCAAGCCCGGCGUCUUUUCCUUCCUGGACCCGCUGGCCUAUGAGAUUUGGAUGUGUAUAGUGUUCGCCUAUAUCGGCGUGAGCGUGGUGCUGUUCCUGGUGAGCCGCUUCAGUCCUUACGAGUGGCAUCUGGAUGAGAACGAUGAGGCCAAAGACCCUCAGAGCCCCCCCGACCCGCCCAACGACUUUGGCAUUUUUAAUAGCCUGUGGUUCUCGCUGGGUGCCUUCAUGCAGCAAGGAUGCGAUAUCUCGCCAAGGUCACUCUCGGGCCGCAUAGUCGGGGGAGUGUGGUGGUUCUUCACCCUCAUCAUCAUCUCCUCCUACACGGCCAACCUGGCGGCUUUCCUCACCGUGGAGAGAAUGGUUUCUCCCAUCGAGGGUGCCGAGGACCUGGCCAAGCAAACGGAAAUCGCCUACGGCACGUUAGAUUCAGGCUCCACAAAGGAGUUCUUUAGGCGCUCCAAAAUAGCCGUUUAUGAGAAAAUGUGGUCGUACAUGAAAUCGGCGGAGCCGUCGGUGUUUGCCAAGACGACACCUGACGGGGUGUCUCGGGUACGAAAGUCAAAGGGCAAGUUUGCCUUUCUCCUGGAGUCCACCAUGAAUGAGUACAUAGAGCAGCGGAAGCCGUGCGACACCAUGAAAGUGGGCGGCAACCUCGAUUCGAAAGGCUACGGCGUGGCCACACCCAAAGGCUCCGCAUUAGGAAAUGCUGUUAACCUGGCAGUGUUAAAACUGAAUGAGCAAGGCCUCUUGGACAAAUUGAAAAACAAAUGGUGGUACGACAAAGGAGAGUGCGGCAGCGGGGGAGGUGACUCUAAGGACAAGACAAGUGCACUAAGCCUGAGCAAUGUGGCAGGAGUCUUCUAUAUUCUGGUGGGGGGGCUGGGCCUGGCUAUGACCGUGGCGCUCAUAGAGUUUUGCUACAAGUCUCGGCAAGAGACCAAAAGACUCAAACUGGCAAAGAACGCCCAACAUUUUAAACCAGCCCCUCCGGUGAACAGCCAGAAUUUUGCCACGUACCGUGAAGGCUACAAUGUGUACGGGACGGAGAGUGUAAAAAUCUAAAAGGAGCAAACUAAAAGGUGCCAAAUUCCCAUCCGGGACCACCGUGUGUGCGUGACCUUGACACUCCAUCGCCGUGCCGGACGAUGGGAGGCGUUUUGCGAGGCCCGUCACAAAAAAAAAAAAAAAAAAAAACACGCCGUGACGCCGCAGGACUUCUCGGGGUUCCCUUUCCUCUCGUAGUGCCUUACGGAGCAUUCUGCAUCGGGGCAAUUGACACUCACUUGAAAUUAAACGUGUGGAAUCAAGAGCGGAACGUUGGAGAUGUUGACUUUUAUAUGCGAGAUGAAGACAAGAUCCCGAUGUUGUUAGUGUGAGCAUUUUCAAAUGACAACAUUCCUAGGAAAUCACAAUGUUCCAUGACUGGUGAGCUACUGAAUUUUUAGAGGUGGCACACCAUGUUGGUGACCGCUGACAUAUUUUGUGGUGAAAUUUUACGUUGUAUAACUGUUAGAUUUGGUGAAGUCAUUCUCCUGUUUUACUAUUAAGACUUUUUAGUGUCAUAAUAUUGAAGACUGGCGUCAAGUAAGGUUUAAGUUUUUUUUUUCUGUGUCCUAACAAGGACAUCCUCCCUGGUAUUAUUUUUCAUAAGUGAAUGGAAAGCUGCAUUUACUCCAACUGCCAAAACCUUGGGGUUCACUUAGUGCCAUGCAGUACUUUGAAGAGAAUUCGAUUCCUGACAUUAUAUUCCAAAAUGGUUAACUGGGUUUACGGUUUACACUUUAUACACAUGUGAAUGAAGAAUUUGGGGUAGUUUCUUUGAAUAUUUGGGCUUGUUUUAGGUGGAGGUCAUUCUGUGUACAGUGGCGGGGCUAGACAUUUUCCAUUGGGGUGGCCAAGGGAGGGCAAGAAAAGGUCAGGUGGGCAUGU